AUGCGGCUGACCCACAUAAGGGACUGUGUUGACUCCAUAGAGGGUCCGGCGGCCGUGGCUGAGGUGUCCAAGGCAUUGACGGCAUUGCUAAGAGGUAUACACCAGGGCAAUGAAGAGGUGGAGGAUCGGUAUAGGUACUUGGCGGAGCUGGCUCUUGCCGCUCGGGAGGAGUUGAAGAGAGUGAUGGCUGAAGAAGCUCCUCGAGAGCGUGCCCGGUUAAGGAAGCUCGAGGAUGAACUCAAUGCAUAUCACACUCAAAGAGUGGAGGAGGUUAAUGAGGCUUGGGAAAAGGAGAGGAGGAAGAUGGAUGCAUUGACGAAGCGCCUUCAAGAGAGGCUUGCUGAAUUCGGGCAGACUGGGGAUGCUAGAGGGAUUGACGGUGAUGAGGCUUCUGAGGAGACUGCGAGGACGAAUUUGGAUCUGAAGUUGGAGCUUGCACGCAUGCGCAAGCUACAUAAGCAUGCUAAUGAAGUUAACGUGGGCCUACAGUUAGAGCUGGCAAUUAUGUCGUCCAAGGCGGCUGAUCAGAAUAGUGCGCUAGAGGCAUGCAAGAGGUCUUUCCGGAGUAUGGAGGAGACUGCUAGGAUGACCUUGGAGGACCUACGUGCCACUUUGGUAGUGCAUCGCAGACUGGGCAAGACGCUAGAGUUGAUGGAACGUAAUGUUGUUCGGGGUAGGAGUGGUUCUAUGGGUGGCCCUCCUCAAUGGGAGGAGGCCUCGGAGAAGGGGUUGGAGUUAUCGCAUGUGUCCAAGUCAUUGACCCACAAGUACGUCUCUCGACGCUACAGGGACGCUAUUGGCUUCAAGGCGGUCGCUCCUGAUGAGCUCCAGCAGAGGCUUAUGGCGAUGAAGGAGGGAGGUAUCAGUAGUAUAGUCAAUGCAUUCUGCCGUAAGCUGAACGACAAGCGUGGCGACUCGGUAAGGGCUGUCCCCGAGCCCUUGCCGUGGAUGAUGAGGAGGCCCUCUGUGAAAGCUGUGUUUGACACCUCGCCGCCCCUCGAUGAGACCAUGAGUUUGGACCAGACUCGGGAGCUCAGCCAUAGCCUUAUGGAUGGCUGGACGGUGGAGGCCCUCAGUGUUGUCGGCGACUUCUCACAGAAGACCAUAGCUUUUCCUGAAUACGUCUAUCAAUUCGUCACUGCAGAGCGUCUCGGGGACCACACUGGAGUGACGGGUGAAUCGAUGGGGUUUGCAGAGUACCUUAGAAGGGCCGAGAGGAGUGGUAUGGAAUAUCUUGCACGCAUGCACAAGAAGAUACUUGACGAAGUUGGAACUGAUGUCUGUCUGGCGUAUCACACGUGGCGGUAUAUGGUCCAUGGAGGGCCUCAUAACUCAUCCACUGAGUACUUAACAAUGCACCGUGUUUGGCAAUGCAUUUUCCAAGCUCUACCGCUGCGCUCUCCCGACCUUCUCACUGACGUCUUCCAAGUCCUUUCGGAGCUCAGUGCAGUCCAUAACGAGAGGGAUAGGUUCCCUGCUGACAUGCUCCUACGCCUGCUCAUGGAGGAAUAUCUAGUUGAACGGGACGAGCGGAUGGUGAGUCUGAUGGCGAUGUCCGAUGUAGCUCUGGAGGUGGCUCGAAGGAGCUCCCUUAGUGUUGGUCAAGUGGAGGUCUUGGUUCGAACAUUCUUCCCCGCGUGCCCUAUGGGGUGCAGUGCAGUGGCUAUGGCCCUAUCAAGAGAGGCUAUGAGAGUUCAUCCUGAGGGGAUAGUGGACACCAACAGUCUUAGGGUCGCCGUGGAAGAAGGCAAUCUUAUGUGCCAUCAAUUGGUUGUUCAUAUGUUCGUAUCUGGGCAGUCAUGCUGUGUGGUGGUGUCGAAGUGGUUAGAUGAGCUGAUGGCUUUGGUGAGCAGGGCGAUGGACGUCAACGAGCUGGAGGGCACUGCCUCCCGCUUGGCUCUACUGUCCUCUACGACGGCUAUACACAGAGUCCUCACAUGUGAUCCUCAUGAUAAGACGUCAUUCUGUGGGGGUCUCCAGCAGAUAGUGAAGCUGUACGCGGAGGUGUUGGUAGCAGUAAUGCAGACGGGGUUGUAUUUCAAGGGAGGGGCUCCCUCGGAUAAGCCUGGUCUGCAGGGCUCGGGUGAUGUGAAGGUACUAGGCCUCACUGAGAGGGCUUUGGAGAGCAUGUUGAAAGUCAUGAAGCGUUUCCUCCAUCAUACGCUGUGA